AUGAGGGCUGGUGUUGAUGUCUUUGCUCUUGACUAUGAUGCUAUUAUUGCUGCCAUGUAUGCAUUGACUGUUAGUGCCGAGGGAGACUGUUACCUGUGUGUGCCGCCUGACCCAGGUAUAGAGCCUGCUGCCCUGGGUACUAGUGAGUCUGCUCUCUCUGGUAUGGUGCCCCCUGUACUUGCUCCCCCCAGUGCUGUCCCGGCUGGUUUCGAGUCUGCUCUCUCAGGUACAGCACCCACACAGACUCCUCUCUCAGGUACCGCACCGGCUGAGGCCUGUCACACCUUCACCCUUGACUCAGUCCUUGCCCAGUCCACCACUGUCCUCCCUUGUCCGGCGGUUCCGUCUGGCUCGUUGUCGGGUUUCCACCUCCCCUCGUUCUCGACGAACCUGGUGAGCAACGCUGUCCUCCAGGAUCAGUGGGUUGACACCUUUACCCCUGGCGGACAGCGUGUGGCGAUCUGCACGUGCUCCAGGACCGGCCGUCACCUGGCUACGUUCACCCGUCGGCCGGGGUCGAGUCUCUACACACUGACCACUGCGUCUCCCCAGGUAGCUGCUGUCGGUCAGGUGUCUGCGUCAGGUCUGGUGGCCCACGCCUGUGAGUGUCGUUCCCUGUCGCACCAGACUCUUCUCUGGCACCACCGCCUGGGUCACCCCUCCUUGCCACGCCUUCGUGGCAUGCACCGUCGCCUCCUUGUGUCCGGUCUUCCCAGGUCCCUCCCUCCCCUCCCUGCCUCGCCUGCGCCGCCUUGCCUUCCUUGCGUCGAGGGGCGGCAGCGCGCCGCUCCUCACUCCUCCUCGUUCCCCCCGACAGAGGCUCCUCUGGAGACCCUCCACCUGGACGUGUGGGGCCCAGCCCGCGUUCGUGGUCAGGGCGGUGAGCGGUAUUUUUUGCUGGUUGUCGACGACUACUCGCGUUACACCACGGUCUUCCCCUUGCGCACCAAGGGUGAGGUCCCUGCUGUUCUGAUCCCUUGGAUCCGCACGGUUCGUCUCCAGCUCCGCCGCCGUUUCCGGACGGAUCUUCCUGUCCUGCGUCUGCACUCUGACAGAGGUGGUGAGUUUUCCUCCGACCUCUUGAGGACCUUCUGUCAGGCGGAGGGCAUCGAGCAGACCUUCACGCUUCCGGACUCCCCACAGCAGAAUGGGGUUGCUGAGCGUCGCAUUGGCCUGGUCAUGGAGGUCGCUCGUACCUCCUUGGUCCACGCGGCGGCUCCCCAUUUUCUGUGGCCGUUUGCUGUCCGGUACGCCGCGCAUCAGCUCAACCUCUGGCCCCGUGUCUCCUUGCCGGAGACCUCGCCCACACUGCGUUGGACGGGGGAGGUUGGCGAUGCGUCGCGCUUCCGGGUGUGGGGUGCUCGUGCCCUUGUCCGCGAUACGUCUGCGGACAAGCUCUCCUCCCGCACGCUUCCCUGUGUCUUCCUUGGCUUUGUCCCUGACGCGCCUGGCUGGCAGUUUUACCACCCCACCUCGCGCCGGGUCUUCGCCUCUCAGGAUGUCACCUUUGACGAGUCGGUGUCUCUCAGGUAG